AUGGACUGCAGGAGUUCAGGGACCUUGGGGAUUCACAAGGAGAGUCGGGAUGGCUGGAGAAAGAAACCUCAAGGGAGAUAUUACAAUGUGCCCCGAGUCGUCGAGGGGUAUAGGAUUGACAGUCACCCCCGUUCUCGUCCUUGUUGCACCCGUAGAUGUCUCAUGCUUGGGUGGAUCCGUCUCUUGUUUAGGGUCUACCACGUCCUCGAGGACUUUCUAGGUAAUGUAAGGGUGCAUCGAGAAGAGCUCAAAGUCGGGGUCCACCCCA